AUGCAGGACCAUCAACUGGAAUCAGCACUCAUUGUCAGGUAUGAACAAAAUAUGUCGAAGCUUACUGAUUUCUAUAGACAAAGGGCUAAGAAGAAUUUUGCAACAAAAGGGGACAGGAACACAAAUUUUUUUCAUCAUGCGGUGCUUAAAAGAAGAAAGAAGAACACUAUAGUUUCAAUAAAAGAUGAGAAUGAUAACAUUCACUUCAAUCCUCAGGCCAUUGCAAAUACUUUUGUUAGCUACUUCAGAUAUAUUUUUGCUUCUCCUAAUGUGAAUGUGGGCAGACCUUUUCUAGCAUCCAGGAUCAUUUCUAACAGCCAUGACUACACGUAUAGCAUACCAGAUAAGGAGGAGAUCCUUAAUACUCUCAAGGAUAUGAAGAUAAAUGCCUCUCCUGGACCUGAUGGAUUCAAUGUAGAAUUCUAUAUUGCCACUUGGAGCUGGAUUGGUGAUGAUGUUACGACUAUGUUCAGGAAGCUACCCAAAUGGCUCAUCUCAUCAACCACUUCUGUUCCCAAUCAGGAACCGACUGCUUCGGCUAUUAUUGCAACUCCUGUAGUUCUUGAUGAUAGUAGGGAUAUCCUUUGUUGGAAGCCCACUCCUUCUGGUAAAUCAACCAAGACAGGUGAACCAAUCAACCAAAGAUAUUUUGCAACAGGUUCUAAUUAG